AUGCGUUCACUUUGUUCAAAAGCUGUUAAUUCAUUUAUUUUUCCUACUUUUUCAUUUAUUAUUUGCUUAAUUUUUUCCCUUUCUUUCUUUCUUUUCUUUCUUUCUUUCUUUCUUUUUCAUUUAUUCUUUCGUUACUUUCCUUCUCCCUUUUUUCCAUUUAUUUGCUUAUGUAUUUUUGCGUUCUUUCUUUAUUUAUCAUUUAUUCUUUCCUUAAUUUCUUCUUUGAUUUUUUAUUUAUUCUUUUUCUCGAUUUUUCUUUCUUUUUUAUUUAUUUUUUCUUACUGCCAUCUUUUUUUAUUUCUUAUUUAUUUAACGUUUUCCAUUUAUUUUUCUUUCUUUUUCAUUUUUCUAUUUUUCAUUUAUUAUUUGCUUGUCUUUUUUCUUUUCAUGUAUUUUCUAUUUUCCUUUGUUUUUUAUUCAUUUAUUUUUUCUCUUUUCUUUCUUUCUUUCUUUCUUUUCUUUCUUUUUUUUUAUUCUUUGUUAAUUUAUUUUUCCUUCUUUUUAUUUUCAUUUAUUCCCUGUCUUAUUUUUCUUUUCAUGUAUCGUUUAUUUUCCUUUCUUUCCUUAUUUAUUUACCUUUUCUCUUUUCUUUCUUUUCUCUUUCUUUCUUUCUUUCUUUCUUUCUUUCUUUCUUUCUUUCUUUCUUUGUCUUUAUUCUUUGUUAAUUUAUUUUUCCUUCUUUUUAUUUUCAUUUAUUCUUUAUUUGUCUUUUUCUUUUUUAUAUAUUCUUUAUUUUCCUUUCUUCUUUCCUUAUUUAUUUACUUUUUCUCUUUUCUUUCUUUUUUCUUCUUUCUUUCUUUUCUUUUUAUUUAUUCUUUGUUAAUUUUCUUUUUCUUUCUUUCUUUUUAUUUUCAGUUAUUCUUUCUUUCUUUGAAAGUCUAA